AAAAAACUGAGUAGAACUGAACAGACUGGACUAAAACAGUUGUUUAGUGAACAAGUAUUAGUUUUGUGGGGUGCAGUGAAGGUUAUAAAGUAAUUUAGCUUGGAUUUGUUUGUUAAAACUUUUAAUAUUUCUGUGUUUAGAUUGUACAGCAAGUGAAGAAAAAUGAGUGAGAAAAAUGUAAUCGAAAUACCAUCACACACGGGGGGUGUGAAGCCCUUCCCAAUACAGGGUCGUCUUGACCGAGAAAGGGCAAGGUUGGCUGGAUCUGGUAUGACAGAAGCUGAAAGAAAAAUGAGGGCUCAAUGGAUUAAGGAUCAGAUAUUAUCACCACAUGAACCAGUCCAUGUUCCAGAAAUCGAAAAAGAACUCAGAAACCCCAUAAGGCGUUUAUAUAGAAAACCACUUGACAUGGCUUUUAAAGCUUUGGAACCAACUCUGGGGAGUUUCACUGGACCACUACGUUUGCUUGCUGGAAAAGCUGUAAUCGCUUGGUUUAGUGUCUACGCUAUUAUCUACUAUGUCAAGUAUAACAAAAAUGACUGGACCAGAGCAAGUGGAUGGCGUAUUACUGCCAGUCGUACCACUUGUGUCCCCGGAGAGGUUGGAUACCCUAUGGCACCAAUCAUGAGACCUCAAGAUUUCAAUACCAGAGGCUUUGAAAACAGUCCUAUCUAAACUAGUGUCUCGUCAGUCAGCUUCUUAUAAUGUAUACUGUUCAGUUUCAUCCUAGAAUAAAUAUUGUUUUCUGUU